AUGCUGCGCACCUGUAGGCUUCGCCACUUCGACACCUUGCGUGGUAUAGCACAAAAGCCCUUGGAGGACACCUUCUCGGGUGGGCUUGUGCAUUUGGUCCCUGACGUAGGCCGGGAGUUGCGGAGUUGUGGCAGCUGGCUGGUGGUGAAUGGAUGGCUGGUGGGUUCAGAGCUGGUGAGGGAUUUGAAACUCCAGGUCAUUGAUCUGCAGGAACGUGGCAUUGAUUUGAGCUCUUCGGGCCCCUUCACUUUGAUUUCUGAGAUUCGGGACUCAGAGGCCGCUGACAAAGCAGCCUACGAUCGUGCCUUGGCUCACACAGCCCCCGCUCCAGGAACAUCCUCCACGCCUGAGGCUCCCCAUCUGGAUUCCGAGCGUGAGGCAGCGGCUCGUGCUGUCGGUUGUUUUCUGAGGAGGGCACUUCGUGGGGAACCUCGUGGUGCAUCGGGGCGGGACCGCAUUGGCCUUGCCUCGAAGUACUGGAUCGUGGUGCGGUCGUUUGACGACCAGGUGUUUUCUCCCGUUCGAGUGGUUCGCAAGUGGGCAUUGGCUCGUGAUCUAGUGAAGCGUGGUUCAGAGCUCGGUGAUUCGAUCUUCGUUGGCCUCCCAGCCAUUCAGGACAUCCAGCAGGCUAUCACUGCAGGCCAAAGUGGCCAGCCAGUUCAUCUACAGAUCAUUUUGGUGUCUCAGUUUGAAGGCAAGACACUGGUCACAAUCCCUUUUUCAGGAUGGCAUCGGUUGAGAGCUCAGCGGAUGGUCCCGCCGGACACCUUGACCAAAGCCACCCUCGUCGAAGUUGUUGUUGCAGAGCCGGACGACCGGCAUGCUGUCUCGCCAAUCGAGAAUUCAUUGAAAGUUUGGGUCGGAUUUUUGAAGCCGAGCCUAGUUCCAACCAUUUUGUUUCCAGAGGAGGGCGAAGAUCUAGACGAGGACACUCUCCUCUUUUCUCCAGACGGCUCAUUGGGCAUCUACCCCUUUGCGGAAGGCUUGGUGGAGGUCUGUCAGGAGCAUUUUGCUUUCUUUACGGCAGUGGAGCACCCAGCGCCGGAGCCCGGCAAGGUCGACGUUUCUGGGUCUCACGAUCUGCAAUCCAGAGUCUUGCAAUUGGAGGAGACUAUGGCUACUGUGACGACAGGCAUUCAAGAGCUGAUUCAAAUGCAGAAGACGCAGGCUGCCAAGUUGCCUCAGCUUCCAUUCACGGCUGCUCCUCCGGCAGAACAGAUUUCCAAGCCAAAGGUGAAGGCCUCUCCUGUGCAAAAGGGUGCAAUGGCAACAGCCGAAUUCCCUUUGUUGGAUCAAGCUGUUGUUCGGGCGGCGCAGCAAGCGGGAGUGGCAGACUCAGCUCUCCAAGAGAUGCAAGCGUUGAUGGCUUCGGCAGGCAAGGCCAGAACUGUCAGAGAGCCUCGACUUCCUCCCAAGGUCAAGGCAGGCCCAUUGUCCGAAUCGGACGAGGAGCCGGAUGCAGACGCUGCUGGAUCGGGCGACCUCGAACCUGCUGCGAGUUCAGAUCCGAUGAUGAAAGCUCUAGGCAAGUUGACCGACAUCAUGGACGUCCUUACAGCCGAAAAGAGAAAGAAGAAGUCGACUUUGGAGGCUGCAUUGGAUGGUGUUCAUGGCGGUGGAUCGGAGUCCGUCGGGUCGGGUGCGGGCAAGCGCUCGGCGAUAGCUCGCCGGGCUCUUAUGAAGUCACUGACCGCCAGUCCUCACGAGAUCUCCCGCAACAUCGAGAAGCUGAUGAUGGAGGACCUGGCAGGCCGCACUCGCACUCCUGGAAUGCCGGAACCGGCCCUGUCCGCGAGAGCUUGGGUCGAGCACCGCAGUUUCAUUGGGGCAUACAAGACUCUGGCUCAUGCGGCUUGGGGCAUCAGCGGUGUGUUGGACUGCUUGAUGAUGGAUCGGGUGGAGGAAGCAAGAGCCCGCAGCUGCUUGCUGCUUCUGCAGAUGGAUCAGGCUGCAGCAGACAGGGGCAGUUGGCAGAUGGCAGCCACCUUGAGUUUGGAGGCUCCUCCGCCCUUUGCAGUAUUGGCUCAACACCAUCCACCAGAUGUCUCAAUGGGGGAUCCACCUUUCAGCAAGCUGCUCGAUCCUCGCUGGUCGGAGGUGGCCUUGGCGCACCUUCGGGACACAGAGGACUACCUGGACAAGCGCAGGAAGCUCCAAAAGGGCGGCAAGAAAGAAGACACCGCCAGCGGAGACGAUGCUCAGCCCAAGAGGAAAGCCAAAGCCCGUCCAAAGCGCAAUGUUGACGGGCUCUGGAGAAAACGGCUCAUUUCUCUGCAGUCGGUUCUUUUGAGUUGGUUGGCCUUGGGAAGACCGGCACGAGCACCACGAACGAUGGGCCUUGGCACACCGUUGUCAGCCAAGCAGUGGACAGCAAUCUCCGUCCUUAGGCAUUUGAACUUUGAUGGAAAUACACCAGAAUUCAUCGAUGCUGAUCUCAUGGGCCGGGGGGCUGCCAAAUUUGAAUCCUUUGAGGAUGCAUUGGGAGCUCUCUGCAAAGCCAUGGCCUCAGUUGACCUGCAGUCGCAUGGAUACUACACAGAUGCUUUGUCCCGACCUCCGGUUGACUAUGACCAUGCGGCUGUCACUUGUGGCAAGGUGAUAGGGAAGAUGCAAAAGAUGAAUGUGAGUCCAGCCAAAGACAUUGAGGCUGAUCGGAUUGAAUUCCCAAAUCCGCCUGCUUUCGACCCGGUCCCUUUGCUGGAUCAAGAGACUGCUGCAGUGUAUGAGAGGCCUUUGGAAGUGGGCCCAGAACUUUCUUCCAUUACAGAAGCAAUUCCAGUCGUGCACAUUCGGGCCAGUUCGAACAACAAGCUUGAACUUUUGAAGAAGCUGGCAGACUCGAAGCGGCUCAAAAUCAAUCAGACCAGAGACCGCUUGAUUCUGGACGCUCGCCCUGCAAACUUAGCUGAUGCGGUGCUACACAGAUGGUGCAAGAGCAUGGCUUCCGCUGCCGCACUGGCUGACAUUGUUCUGGAUCCUGAGCAAAUACUGUUGGCCUCGGGCGAGGAUCUGCGAGACUUCUUCUACCAGUUCACAGUGGGAGACCAGCGAGUGAGGCGCAAUGCCUUGGCUGACCCCCUUACUCUGCAGGAGGCUCGAUAUGUCUUCAGCGAUUGGCUGGAGGGCUAUGAUAGCCCCGUUUUCUGCGGGCUAGCCACCUUAGCCAUGGGCGACCAAAACGCUUGUGAGUUUGCUCAGUGCUCACACCUGGCCAUGAUGCUUGAAGCUGGAGUCCUCUCACAGGAUGAGAUGAUAUCCCUGCAAGGGGACAUACCUAGAGGGCUGCUUUCAGUUGGCGUGAUCAUAGAUGAUCUUGUGUUGCUUGAGAAGCUGCUCAGAGAGGACUGGCAAAGCGUGUUGGAUGGUGUGCAGACAACAGAAGCAGACAAGCGGCUUGACAAAGCAUUGAGCUCUUAUGCAAAGCACGGCCUUGAGGUCAACUUGAAAAAAGAGUUUCGUAAUCAAGCUUUGUCCCGGUUUUGGGGAGUCGAGAUUGACGGUGUUAAGGGUUUGCUGCGGGGUUCUUCAUUGCGGCUGUGGCCUUUAGUGGUGAUUACAUUGCGCGUUGCCAUGCUUGGGCUCAGUUCGGUGACACUUUUGGAGGCCAUUGCAGGUUCCUGGGUAUCGUUAUUUGCAGUGCGGCGUAGGCUGUUGUGCACUAUGAAUGUUAUUUUUGACGCACUGGGGUUUUCAGAGCAAGCAACUAUCCUGAGGCUAUCACCUGAGAUGCGCAGUGAACUUUGGUGUAUUGCACUUUUGGGACCCCUUUCUGUUUGCAACCUCCGUGCCCAGUACGAACCCUUCGUUACCUCGACCGACGCUUCCCUCGACUGGAUGGCAGCUGUGAGAGCACCUGCACCCUUGACGCUCGUGUCUGAGGUUGCCCGCCGUGGCUUGCGCAAAGGGCGAUGGACUCGCCUCCUACCUGCAGACAAGUCAGAGCUAGCAGUCGCCAAGAAUGACUUUGAAUGUGCGGACUUGCAGUCCAAGUACAUGCCAGAACUGAAGCCUGCUGCAAGGCUGCCUCGAACGAAGCGAUGUUUUCUUGAUCAUGCGUUGGCCGCUGUGAGCGAAGCUUCGCCCGACGGUCAGUCGGGUUUGAACUCAGCAGUCUGUGCGAAGUGCUUGGCUCAGCGGCGGCAAUACAGUGUGGCUGGAAAGGAGAUGCGAGGCUCGAUGUUGCCGGCUGCAGCCGCACUGGUUCUCUCCGUGCAGGGGAAGCCAAAACUCCUGGUCCUCGGCGGACCAGAGCAGCCAGGUGUUGAAGCCAUCCUGGGUGACCUGGUGCUGCUGGUUCACUGGGACCAAGCGCAGCCCACGCUGUCGGUGGAGCAAGUGGCCGCCUUUCAACUUCAGGUGAAGCAGGAUGCUGUGGGCGAAAGGAAAGAUCUCGAACCUGAGGCCCGUGACGGGCAUCAUCGAAAGGAAGAACGGGUUCCAUGUGACGUCAUUUUUUUUGCUCCAAGUAGUUUUGUUUCUUUUUCCGAGGUCCAUGUUCCUUUUUUUUGUCGGCAAUUGGGGGUGCAUUAGCGCCUCAGCCGCCAGCCCUUUUUGGCUUAACCGUGGUUGAUGACAUUGUUG